AUGGCUCACCUGCCAAGGGAACGGGUUACGUAUGCAAGACCAUUUGCAAGGAGCGGCCUGGAUUUUUGCGGUCCAAUCUUGAUUCGGAGUGGGCGCCGGAAAGUUUCCCCCACAAAAGGCUACAUCUGCGUAUUUGUGUGCAUGGUCACCAGGGCUAUACACUUGGAACUGGUUUCCUCCCUGUCGACCGAGGACUUUCUUGCCACAUUGUCAAGGUUCAUGGCUCGAAGAGGGCAAUGCACCAAUCUUUUCAGUGACAAUGGGUCUAACUUCGUAGGCGCCAGCCGUGUCCUAAAAACCUAUUUUCAACAGCUCAGAAACAGCAAACAGUUCAAUGACUUUCUUACCAUCCAGGAGAUUAAGUGGAGUUUCAUUCCCCCAUCCGCCCCCCAUUUUGGCGGAUUGUGGGAAAGUGCUGUAAAGUCAGCCAAAAAACUCCUUAUUCGAGUAACAAAUGGGGUCCUCCUAACUUAUGAUGAAACCACGACGUUGCUCUGCAAGAUAGAAGCAUCAUUAAACUCGCGUCCCUUGACGCAAAUGUCUUCCGAUCCAGCAGACUUCAAUGCACUUACCCCUGGACACUUCCUUGUAGGUGGCCCACUUAUGCUUCCUCCUGAGCCAGACGUAUCGGAUGUGCCCCAAAAUCGCCUCCGCCGUUUUAAAUUGAUGCAGUCACGAGUGCAAGUGUUCUGGAAAACGUGGUCAACGGAGUAUCUGCCUCAAGUACAGCGCAGGGGAAAGUGGACCAAAAUGUGCAGAAAUGUGGUUAUUGGAGAUCUAGCCAUUUUAAAAAAUGAAAAUUUGCCACCCAUGCAAUGGCCCUUAGUACGUAUCAUCAAGGUCCAUCCGGGUAUGGAUAAUGUGGUAAGAGCGGUGACGGUGCGGAACUCUUCUGGGUUGGAAUUUAAGCGACCGGUUGUUAAAUUGGCCAUAAUACCUAACGAAGAGGAUGAAGACAUCGAAGACAUCAUCGCACCCCAAACAUCUUGUUAA